UUGUGGUGGUGGGGGCGUCCCCGUCCCCGGGGGCAGUCUGUUGGCUUCUCCCGCUCUCCACGCGUGUGUGACGAGCUGGAGAACGCGGAGUCUGCUGCGCACGCCCAGGACGCCAGGUCUGACCCGAAAGAAAAACCCUCAGCUUCAAGCAGACUAUGAGGCGCGACGUUCGGCGGGCUCCUUCCCGGAAGCGGAAGCUCAGGGGGCGGGACAAGGGAGGUCCAGAAGUCUCGGCGGUUAAUUCUUUUCUCAGUGCUUCAUUUCCCUACGUCUGGGCGGUCCUGAGGCUGAGAGAAAUGGUCAGGUCCGGAUCUCGACCGGGCCAGGUGGCAUCUUCAGGAAGGCACCCCGGAUCCAAGUUCACAAAUGGAAAGAAAGGGACCCACAUAAGAAAUGUAGCACAUUUGAAUGCAGGCUCUGCCUGUCCUGUUCAUUCUGAUUCGGAAAGUCAGACAGAAACUGCACUUGAUGGUUGCGCUUCUUUGCUACAGGACAUUUUGAAAAACGAAGAUUCAGGUUCAGAAGUAGUGUAUUUGGAAAGUAGAUGCAAUACCAAACCUUUAGAAGGCAGAAAAUACAGAUCUAAAAAGAAAGGACCUGAAAAACAUGUUCCUUCAGUGGUCCGAAAAGAGAUAUUAUCUUCAGAAAAUAAGAAGUGGACAUCUAAUGAAGCGUGUCCUGAAAGUGACAUAGCACAGCAUUGGUCACUACAAGACCAUUAUAGGAUGUACUCACCGAUAAUCUACCAAGCCCUCUGUGAGCAUGUGCAGACUCAAAUGUCACUCAUGAAUACCUUGGCUUCAAAAAAUGGCCCCAGUGGAAUGCCUGCUGCGUGUCAUACUGUGUCUGGUUCAGACUCUCAGGCAGCACCACAUUCUGGUUAUGGCUGUUCUGCUUCCACUGCAGGCUGGCCCCCUGAGCAGCCGUCCUGCCCUCUAAUGGUUCACUCUCAAGUUCAGACUGAUGACAAUAUCCAGCUUGGGUCACAAAGUCAGAUGACAUCUGUGAACCACCCUGAUGUUCCCAGGAAUUCAUUUAGUGACCGACCUGGAGUUCCGUGUGGCCUUCCCCACACUGGCAGAGCAGCUGCUCCCAUGUUUCAGCCACUGAAUCUUGCUAAUUGGAUUCUGCCACAACAAAGGGCUCCUAAGGAAGCAGACCUACUAAAGUGUUUCCAAACUCACAUGUCUCCAUUUCCAGCUCAUGGAAAAGACGCUCUCUUGGACAGUCAGGCAUACCAAAGCCCUUCUCAGUUACAGCCAGCCUUUUUGGCCACUAAUGAGGAAAAAUGUGCCAAAGAACAAAUUGGAAAGGCCACAAAUGAAGGAAAGUAUUUAACCAUACAUGUGCAAGAUGCAAAAAUAGCCAAGAAUGUGCAGCAGGCAGAAAAUGUGAGCCAGACUGCUGAAAAAGUCAGAAUGGCCAAGUGCUUGCUGGGAGAACUCAAGGCCCUGGUCGCCGAGCAAGAGGACUCAGAAGUUCAGAGAUUGGUGGCAGAAGUAGAGGCAUGUGUGUCUGGACUGUCAGCAGGGAGUGGCCACACUAAUGUGGAAGUUGAAAUAGCGCUGGCCCUGCAGCCACUAAGAAGUGAGAACGCUCAGCUGCGAAGGCAACUGAGAAGUUUGAAUCAGCGCCUCCAAGAUCAAGAGAAAACUGUGAAGGCGCCGAGUAACCUUGAAUUGUUUUCCGUUCAGUCAUUGAACAUGUCACUGCAAAAUCAACUGCAAGAGUCACUGAAGAGCGAGGAAUUACUACAGAGUAAAAAUGAAGAGCUCCUAAAAGUGAUAGAAAACCAGAGAGAUGAAAACAAACAACUUACUACUUUAUUUAAAGACAAAGAACAAACUCUCCUGCAAAAUAAACAGCAGUUUGACAUUGAAAUGACAAGAGUGAAAAUUGAGUUAGAGGAAGCCCUGGCCAAUGAGAAGAACUCUCGGUUUAAAUUAGAGACUGCAGAAAAGGAAAACCAGAUACUGGGAAUGACACUGCGCCAGCGUGAUGCUGAGGUUGUGCGACUUAGAGAAUUAACCAGAACUUUACAGAACAGUAUGGCAAAGCUGCUCUCAGAUCUUAGUGUGGACACUGCCAGAUGUAAGACGGGGAAUAACCUCACGAAGUCACUCCUGAGCGCCUAUGAUCAACAGCUUCAGCAGGACCCCACCCCUCCUCACACUUCCAUAAUGAGCUACCUCAAUAGACUAGAAACGAAUCACAGCCCUGCACACUCAGAGCCAUUUAACAUUGCAGAAAUGACAGAGCCACACAGACUCGGUGAAAAUGUGCUGCCCUCACAAGGCCCCAAACAUAGUGACAUGAGUGCAGUGGAUGGGGCCUCUGCACCUGGAGUUGUGUCUGCUGCUGUAGUGGAGGAUUCUGACACAGACUGUGAAACUAUCACUUUAAUAGAAGAUGGGUGUAACUUGGACAAUACAGUUUAUAUUCCUUUUGCAAGAAGCACUUCUAAAAAGCAUUCGCCGCUCUCUAAGAGACUCUCCCCCGAGGCAAAGAUGAGUGCUGCUACAACCCAGCUCAUCAGCAGCAAUGCACUUGCUUCUAAGAGAGAAAAUAAACUAGGUGCGCCUGCAGUUUGUUCCUCACAAAAUGGAGCAGAAGAUGUGUCUGGAAACCUCUCCAGGCCAUAUGACACAGAGGACAUGCAGCUCCUCAGGAAAAUAAAAGAAGCAAUUGGUAAGAUCCCGGCUGCUGCUGCUACUGCUGCUGCUGAGCACCCAAAGGAGCAGGCCCCACAUGGCCCAUCAGCCUGUCACAGCUCUGGUGUCCCUGUGAGGGGCAACAUUGUCAGUGAUGGCAGCUUCCUAAAUUCUGACUUGAUGUCAGAGUGGAGCAUCUCCUCUUUUUCAACAUUCACGUCUCAUGAUGAACAGGACUUCAGAAACGGCCUGGCAGCAUUGGAUGCCAACAUAGCUAGACUGCAGAAGUCCUUAAAGACUGGCCUGCUGGACAAAGGAGUUUGGAAGGAAACUGAAUGAGUGCUUCUCAAAAAGUAGGACUUGGCUACAUUCAUAGUUUAUUUUAGGUUUCCUUAGAACACUUUAUAUUAUUAAUUAUGUAUGAAAUAAUAAAUGGAGUAAAUUUACUGUUGAAAUAUUUUAACACCUGAAGCUUAUAAAAAUAAUUUUUUAAAGAAACUAACAAUUGCUGAGAGAAGGAAGUUGUAGCUAAGCAAGUGUUGCUGUGCUUUACAGCUUCACAGAGAGAAUUAAUUAUUCACUGUGCAACUGCUGGGCCGUUGGUGGGUACCGAGGGUUUCUGGCUGUCUGGAAGGAUGAUGGAAAAGGAGUCAGUGUUGUUUAGUUUCCUCUCUGCUCUGGAGUAACUCCUGUUACUUAAUGAUAGUGUGCUUGUGUAUAGGAUGCUCUGUGUUACAGACCAGUGCUGCUGCUGAAAUGCAAAACAUUCCAGAGACAGAAAAGGUGCCAGGGUACCCACCUCAUGCAAGGCAGUGAUUGGUCCAAGGAAAUAUCAGUACCCUUAGUUAAUAUAUGCUCCUUAAAUCUUGGGCACUUUAUUUAUGUUUAUUCUGAUUGUAUAUUUUAAGACCUUUAAAAAUAAAGUCAGACUGAUAAGGUAAUGCUAACUGGUUGCAACCCUUGCCCACCCCUGCACUAGCUAGGAAACACCAUCUGCCUUCCUUCCCUCAACCCCGCCUUCAGGGAGAAAACUCCUGGCUUCCUCACCUUUUCUGGCAACCUACCUGUAAUAGAAGUUUUAGUUUCUUUGUAAACUCAGUUAUGUUAUGUAAGUAUGUUUUUGUUUUAAUCCCAUGUGUACAAUUUUAGUUUGGGCUUUAGUACAUCCACAGCUGAUAAUUGCUUCCUGCAUUGUGCAGCACGGAGAGGGGUGUGGUCUAGGACUUGGAAGAAGAUGAAUAGGAGAGCCUGGAGAGAGAAAGUGUGGCAUAUAGCAGCUUGGAGAGGCCAGAAACAGAUGGACAGCGUGAUGUCUUGAGAUGGAGGGAGACGUUUCAACGCGG